UAAAAGCUUGGGAGAUGGUGACAUUAGCACAUUCGUAGUGACAUCUGUGUUCUGUAAUACUUCAGUAACCAUGAAGACUAUUAUUGCAACAGCCGUUCUGGUCGCCAUCACCUUGGCUGAACCCCCUCCGUCUAAUAGCUACCUCCCUCCCUCCGCCGCAGGCCGCAGCGGUGGCUACCCUAGUGGUGGUCCCCAAGGAUCCGGUGUCAUCGCAGCCAGGAGUGGCCUGGACCAUGGCCACGACCAUGGGCUCCAGGGCAGCCACGGGAGCCAUGGGCAUGCCGCGCAGGGCAAUGGAUUUGCUAGGAGUGGUCUUGGUGGUAUCGGUGGUAUCGGCCAGGGCUCCCACGGCCAUAGACAGCCUCAGGCCAGGUUCGGCCAGGAGCAACAGGGGUAUGACCACAACGCUGCCGCUUUUGGAAGGAACGCUCUGGAGGAGAGCGGGGAGCCGGCCAACUACAACUUCGGGUACAUGGUGAAUGAUUUCGAGGAGGGCACUGAUUUUGGGCACCAUGAGGAGAGGCAGGACGAGAGGGCCGAGGGGGAGUACCAUGUUGUGCUGCCUGAUGGCAGGAAACAGACUGUAAGCUAUGAAGCCGAUGAGCGUGGCUUCAAACCCCACAUUUCCUACGAAGACACCGACGCGUCCGCUCGCUCCGGCGGCUACGACUCGAAUGCCAAUAAUGCGCGCAGCGGCCAUGACAGUUUCGGCAAUGGCGGCCACGGUAACCAUGGCAACGCUCGCUCCAAUGGCUACUGACUAAAUUCAAACCUUAUUGUUAUAAUCUUAGGUCUCAUUUUGCUUUGUAAAAUGGCUUAGUACGAAUUUAUGUUUAAGCGCAAAUGUGAAAAUACAAAAAUAUUAUUCUAUUUGAUUUAUUGUAUUGUUGGCACGAGCUAGCUGUUUUUGUGAAUAGGUAAAUAUAAUUUUAUUUUUUCACUAAA